AUGGCAGGACCCCGGCCCUCACAACCUAAGCGACGACGCACCUCAUCCAGCCCAGACGACUCCUCAUCGAGCAAACGAUCAGGUACUGCUAUUGAGAAGGAUACACCUGCUAUAUAUGGAUCUGCGGCGAUGGAUGAAAGGUCAGGAAUAUCUACUGAGGAGCUCGGGCGCGAUGCUCUACACUUUGACCAGGAAGCUGGCUUGGAGGAGUCCCUCCCUUCAUUGAAAACAGGCGAAGAUGCUGUUGAGGAAUAUGAGCAGUGGAAGGCUUCGCUAGAUAACGAAUCUCAGCUGGAAGGGACGCAGCAGUGGCUCACCCAAAGAAGAUGGGUCAAAGGGGAGAGCUCCAUCUAUGUUGACGCUUUCAACUACGCUCUCAACAGCGUUCUUCAAGAUGAGAGCCAUCUCUUUAAUGAAGCAGAGCAGGCCGUGUUUGAUUACUGGAAAGGGCUCUCUUAUGAGUCUCAAUACCUUUAUGUUCGACUAUUUCUACGCAAAACAUCUGCUUGGCAUCGCAUCAAUAAGCUGGGCUAUUAUCAAGACAUUGCAGAUAUGCCAAGGGCAGUUGCCGAUCUUCGAAAGACGAGAAAGUUGCCUGCAUCAACUGAUGACCAUACACCAAGUUUUGGAGGCCUAGACUCCCCUUCAGUCACUACAAUUGGUGGUGAGUUUCGGUUCGCAGACGAUAUGAACGAAAUACAGUCAAUCGAAGAAGCUUCCUCACUGCUCCUUCUUGACGAAUUGAAAUGUUUCGCAAGAGACCUGAAGGUUUCAGGAAAGAAUAAGAAAGAUCUUAUCAAUGGUUUAUGUGAUGCAAGCGCCAGUCAAACAGGGCUAAGUUGGCUUUCUUCAGCCAAUCAAAAAGUGGCCGAAAACAAUAAAGCUGCAUCAAUAGCAUCACAUUUCAGCAACCUCGAAACUGGAAAAAGAGGUGUUAUGCUCCGACAGAAGAUCUUUGACCGCACAGGUGACUGCAUACGACUUUCCAGCGGCCCAUUGAAACUUUUUGAACGCGUUCACCUGCUAUUCUAUCGUUCGACCCAAUGGUCAGAAAAAUCCCUUACCGCCAUAAUACUCGCAAAGAUAUCCAGAAGGCAUUACCCUGAUUAUAUUGUCAGUCGCUCGAAUUCCAUAUUUCCAUCACGUUCCGAAUUGCUUGAAUUUGAAGCCGCCAUUCGCAUCCAGUUUGAUCUGGAUAAGGAGAUGGAAUCCAACAGCUCCACAACUGACGAGAAGAUACAAUCUGUAAAGCAAUAUGCAGGAGCUGUCUAUCCCCGGUGGAAGAUACUCUUACAGAGAGAACAAUCCAAAGAAGAGCGGUUAUACGAUUACGGAGAAGGUGCAUAUCUUCGUCGCUUUUCUCCUGCAUGGGUGUACACCAGGAUCAUACAUAAGAAUUUGUGGUCUCUUGGACGGCUUAAGGACUAUAAACAGGAGCACAAGACCUUAAAAGAGCUGCUGGAUCAGCGCCUCUUCCACACUGCGAGGCGUGGAACUUGGUACCAGCGCAAGGCACUCCUUGAGGAGCAUUACAUGUGGGCAAUCGAUUCUACCGAUACCCGGCCUGAGGAUACUCGAAAGAGGGAUUGGAGACAACAAGCACUCCACACUUGCGAAGACGGACUUCAAGACCCAGAAUGUCAUAUAAUUUUUCACUAUGGUCUACAGAAACGGAUAACGAAACUGGAGAAAUCCUUGAAAAUAGCGAAAAGGGAGCAGCAUGAUUUUUCCCAUGUCAUGCUCGCGAAACCACAAGAACGGACGGUGGAAGGGAUCCGGAUUGAAAAAGAGCUUCCAGCAAAGCAACCUAAUGCGAAAAUUACGGGAAAUAGCAACGCAAAAAACAAAGGCCGUCCGACUGUCUGGGUUGAUGAACGGGAAGGAGGAGGUGAAUGUCGGGUUGAAAGCAUGUGUCUGAGCUGGUAUAGGGAUCAUGGAUGGAAAGGCUUCCAUUGCGAAAGUGGAAUCCUUCGAACACUUUUUGGAUACCUAUUCUAUGAUGUUAUAUUUACCUAUAUCCCUAAUGUCUUCCAGACUCCGUUCCAGACCUGCCCCUUGGAUUUACAUACGGAUUCCUUUUACUCGUCUCGACUAUCUGAUAUUAAUUCAAGGCUAGCUGAGAUAUCAAACGGGGAAGCACAAAGGCUCAUCAAGGAAGUAUAUAUACGUGAAGCAGCAAAGCAAACUUGUGCUAUAGGUAUUGACUGGUCCUUUGAGGUCAAUGAUCUCCUCGAGAUUGCUCAAUGUUUUAAAGGCGAAGCAUUGGCAACUAUAUGCAAAGUGAUGGCGCAAGAGUAUCAGCAACGUGGCGGAGGAAUUCCAGAUCUUUUCCUCUGGAGGAUGGAUACCAAGGAGGUGAUGUUUUCGGAGGUCAAGUCAGAGAGUGACCGUUUAAGUGAUACGCAACGCCUUUGGAUUCACGUUCUUACAGGGGCAGGUGUCAAAGUCGAGCUAUGUAACGCGGUGGCACGCGAGGUCAGGCGUAUAUAA